AAAUUUUAUGCAUAAAACGAUGACAGAAGCAAAUACAAGUAAUGAUGAGACAAAACAAGACCAAAAAGAUGGGACAUCACAUCGUGGAUUUAGUCAAAAAGUUCGUGGCAUUUUAUUGGAAUCACAAUCGACUACAACUGAUAAAUUACCUAAUAUACCACAUAAAAAUGUAAAAAAAGAUGUUCAAACAACAGCACCACAUCGUGGUUUUAAUGAUAAAGCACGUGAAGUAUUAUUAGAUCGGAAAAAUCCAGGUAUUAUUGAUUGA